GUUUCAGCGGCCACCCUCUCCACCCACUUCCUUUCUGUCCGACAUCUUACCUUGGAGGCGGUAGCAGCUAGAGUUCCUGAAGUCCCAUCAUGCCUCCCAAGGACGAUAAGAAGAAGAAGGAUGCCGGCAAGUCGGCCAAGAAGGACAAAGAUCCCGUGAACAAGUCCGGGGGCAAAGCUAAGAAGAAGAAGUGGUCCAAGGGAAAAGUUCGAGACAAGCUCAACAAUCUGGUUCUCUUUGACAAAGCAACAUAUGACAAACUCUGCAAGGAGGUCCCCAACUACAAACUUAUCACGCCUGCAGUAGUCUCAGAGAGACUGAAGAUCCGGGGUUCUCUAGCCCGGGCAGCCCUCCAGGAACUGCUUAGCAAAGGUCUGAUUAAGUUAGUUUCCAAACACAGAGCACAAGUGAUAUAUACUAGGAACACCAAGGGUGGAGAUGCUCCAGCUGCUGAAGAUGCAUGAAAUGGUUCAACAGUUUUGUGUACAUUUUCAAAAAUAAACUUAUUCCAAUAA